GAUUGUUGCUUGGGUGGUUGAAAGCUGCCUCGGCCGCGAGAGGAGGAGGGGCUCUGCCGGUUUCGGUCCCGCCCACUUGUGCGGGGCUUCGCCGGCUAGCUGGCAGGCAGAGUUCGUUAAGGAGUGGGAAGCCGCCGCUCGCUCGCUCGCUCCUCGGCUCCCGGGUGGGGAUGGGGCUGAUCUUUGCUAAGCUGUGGAGUUUAUUCUGUAACCAAGAACACAAAGUGAUAAUUGUGGGACUCGAUAAUGCUGGAAAGACCACCAUUUUGUACCAGUUCUUAAUGAACGAGGUGGUCCACACUUCUCCCACCAUAGGAAGCAAUGUUGAAGAAAUUGUAGUUAAAAACACUCAUUUCCUCAUGUGGGAUAUUGGAGGGCAGGAAUCCUUACGAUCCUCCUGGAAUACCUAUUAUUCAAAUACAGAGUUUAUCAUCCUUGUAGUUGAUAGCAUUGAUCGCGAGAGACUGUCCAUCACAAAAGAAGAACUCUACAGAAUGUUGGCACACGAGGAUUUGAGGAAAGCUGCAGUUCUCAUAUUUGCAAACAAGCAAGAUAUGAAAGGCUGUAUGACAGCAGCUGAAAUUUCCAAAUACCUCACACUUAGUUCCAUAAAAGAUCAUCCCUGGCAUAUUCAGUCCUGUUGUGCACUAACAGGAGAGGGAUUAUGCCAAGGUCUGGAAUGGAUGACUUCCCGAAUUGGAGUGAGAUAACUUUGGGAGAGAAAACAAUGCCUAUCCUUUGGACAGAUCCCUUUGUGGUACACUUGACUGCUGAGGUAGCAACGUGGUUUAACUUAAAACGUCUGAAACCUCCACGAGCCACACUUGAAUCAAGUGCAGCUAAUUGAAACUCAGAAGUAUUUUUUAACUUUUGUACAAUGCACUAAUUUCGGGUGGAUGAACAAAUGGGAACUCUCAGAAGGUUUUCCUGACUACAUGAGCUCAUUGACUGUCUUGUAAAACAGCUGCUGUUGAAAAUGCUCCUUCUGGCUGCUUAUAUGAAUAGCCUGCAACUAUGCCUGAUCUCCUUCCAUUCCGGUUUCUAUGCUGCAGCAAUUAGCAUUGCCCUAGGAUUGUGCGUGUUAAAGUGAUCGUAUUUCAAGGUGCUGAGAGUUCAAAUGUUGACAAACACUAAGAAGUUAUCUAACAUUGAAACAGUUAUUUAUUUGCUUUCACUGCCUGCCUUUCAAUCUAUGUAAUUCUCAUUGCAUCUCCGUUUUGACAAAUACCAUCUUUCUUUAAAUUUCAUAUGACUGCUAAAUGUUUUAUAUAUUCUGCUUAUUGAGAAACAAUCUUUUUCAUAAUGCAACAAUAAAUAAAUAAAACAGUGAAAUAUUCAUGUUACCAGGGUAGACGAAGAGACUACUCUGUGUUUCAAAAAUGCAGGUUUAAUAGGGCAAACUAUUGAGCUGGGACAUUGAUAGCAUUAUGUGAAUGCCAAGUCCUUUUGGAUAUUGUGCUGUUAGCCAAUUUACUUUCACAAUCUAAUUCCAAAUCACUUUGGAACAGAAAUCAGCUUUCAAAGCAUUCCAUGUGUAAUAGAUACACAUACUUUUUAAACUGAUCAACUACUUCACAGGGGGAGAAAAAAUGAAAGUACUGUACAAUACUGCUGCAUAUUGACCUAACGUUUCUAUUGAAAGAUGCCUUUUGGUAUAUUCCUCCUUCUGAAAUUGGUCUUGUUCUACAGAUCAUAUGCUUCAUGUCUCUGAGUAGUGCAUUAAAGUGGCUUUCUUUUUUCUACCCCAAAAGUCACUGUGAAUUUUUCAGUGUCUAUAAUCUGCAGUGUUUUUCAAACACAAAGUUCUCUGUUUUUUUGUGAAGUUCUUACUGUAAGGCAAUGCUGUAAUGUUUCUAGUCUAAUAUCUAGAAUUACAUGAGUGCUCUAAAGGAAAGCACUUGUUUAGGACUCUCCUGAAGUGCCAAACAACUUUAGGAUGCUCACAGAUGACACACGAGUUGUCCUUUGUGGGAUAGUUAGUUUAAAAAGUGUUUUAACUGGUGCUGAAGAGAAUGUUUGCUCUUUCUCUGGAGAAACAUGACAUCAAAGGAUCAUGAAUACUUCAGUGGCACAGAAAUUUUCUGUGUGAAAGUACAGUUUUUCAGAGUAAAAUUGAAAAAAAACUCUUUAAAAGGGAUGCAAACAUAUUUUGCCCUUUUGUAUCCACAAGAUUGCCAUAUAGGAAUCCAUUUUGUGUGAAGGGGUGGCCCCUGCUCAACAAAACACAUCAGGGAAGAGUAAUGCAACUGCAUUAGUGUGAACUUCUCAGAAAUGAGGACCAGCACAUGUAAACACACUGAACCUCUUUUUCCUUCAUCGGUUUUAACAUAUUUGCCAUUUUCAAAGCCAGAUUAAAUUAAAUUAGACAAAAUUGAUCAAGUAACAUCAGGCAAGACAUUGGCCAAAAUCCUGUUGCUUAGCACAGUAAAUCGCACUAGAGUGGGCCCAUUGACUCAAUGAAGAGUGGGCAAGUCUACUCCUCCAUAGUUAUUUGCAGUUAGAGUAGGCCUGUUUGACUCAGUGGAACUUAUGGAAGUGUUGACUCACUAAAUCCCCAAUGAUUCAAUGAGCCUACUCUUGCAGAAUUUAUUGUCAAGACAAGAUUUUGACCAUUAUCUGUUUAAAUCCCCAUACUGCAAGAAUGAGAUGUAUGUACUGAGACCUUUGUUGGCUAGAGUUUAAAUAUAAACAUGGAAAGCUAUCUUA